CACUAAGCGCUGGUACAAGAGAUCACAGCCUCCUGCUCUCCUCCUUCUGUGCGGCAACCCAUUUCAUGAAGGCCUGAAUGCCAUGAUGGAUCUGCGCGCUGAACAUCUUUCUGUCAACCAUCAAAAUGGAAUUCUCGAUAUCGCCCGUUAAAACCGAGGACGUGGAUUUGCUCGUACGAAAAGUCGAAUUUCCUGCACAUCAAGACAAUCCGCUCUAUCGUAUAAUGUUCCCGCGCUCAAUAGAGCAUCAGUGGGAGCAGAGAGAAGACGAAAUAAGAUGGAUGAUUGAUGGCCUCCUUGAGGCAGUUCAUCAAGACGAUGAAAGUCUGUACAAAGUGUGCGGAGUAAAUGGAUUGCCUGUCGGAUUGAUAGGUUGGACCACUAGUCCAGGCGCUUUUGCAAAGGGGAUUAAUGGUGGAGAUUGCUCUCAGACUAAUCUCACAAAUAAGUCUGCAUCGGAGCAGGGCACGAGGGAGCAAAACCAGAACAGCUGGGUUCCUCCUAAUUUGGACGUGCUUUCAUGGCUCAGUAUCUCGAAAAAGCUCAGAGAAGAGAGGCAAAGAGUUCUUCGGAGUUGCCCCAGCAAGGGAAUAUGCCGUAAAUCUGCAGCCAAUUUAAAUGAUCUUAGGCCUUGCUAACGUCGUUUAGGAAUUACUUUUAUGGCUGUGGAUCCGGAUUAUCAACGACAAGGGAUUGGGUCUAUGCUCAUGGAAAUGUUUUGUCAUGAUGUUGAUAAAAAUGUACAAGAUGCUCUUGUUUUGUCUUCUCCUGCUGGGGUCUACCUGUACUCCAAGUUCGGUUUCACAGCCGUGGGUGUUGUGGAAACAGACCAAGGAAAUUUUACGAGUAUGUUAAGGAUUUCAGGCUCUGGUCUCGGGGAACCCAGGAAACAAUAGCAUUUUGUUUGUGAUGAGCAACAGCAAGCCAGGCAGCACGGU